AAGCAAGCAAGCACAUCUACUAGCAGGGGCGGAUUUACAGAGGGGCUCUAAACCCCCCUACUGUCCAAAACCUCCAUUGAAAUCAAAGGAGAAAUAUGAGAGAAAAAGAGAAAAAAGGUGAAGAAAUGAGUGGAGAUAGAGAGGAGGAGGAACCAAGCCCCCCCCCCCCCCCCCCUAAAUUGAAACUCUGCGUCCGCCACUGUCUACUAGUCAAAGCAUUUUAUGAGAAGCUCGCUCGAUCUUCUAGCUCGCCUACAUUUUCCUCCUCAACUCUUUCAACAAGUUCCCGUAGAAGAUCAUCUUUCUGCUCGAUGGACCGGGUGACGAAGCUGGCUUCUCAGCGUGAGGUGGUGAUCUUCAGCAUGAGCUCCUGCUGCAUGUGCCACACGGUGACGCGCCUGUUCCGCGAACUCGGGGUGAACCCGACGGUGGUGGAGCUAGACGAGGACCCGCGGGGGAAGGAGAUGGAGAAGGCGCUGGCGAGGCUGCUGGGCCGCAGCCCCGCCGUGCCGGCGGUGUUCAUCGGUGGCAGGCUCGUCGGCUCCACCGACAAGGUCAUGUCGCUCCACCUUGGCGGCAACCUCGUCCCGCUGCUGCGCAAUGCCGGCGCGCUCUGGGUGUAGCCUGGCGCUGGCUGCUCUGGGUCACCUCACACACUGGCGAAUAACUGAAGUGUGUGCUUUUUAUCAGGAGACGGAGGAAAGUAACUGAGCAGGCCUUUUUUCUGCACUGUAAUAAUCUAUAGAGGGGUGAGUGUUGGAUCAGGGCCUUUCGUGCUCUAACGACGCAUGUUUUGAUAUGUUCUGCAUCUUUUUGUCGUCCGUAUCGAAAGUUUCGUCAGAGUUAGCAGUUUGAUGUGGAAAAUAGUAUGAAACUGCAUACUAAAGUGCCAGAGCUAGGAUUCCUCCGCACACACCUUAAUUGUAGCAGUUUAUUCUACGCCAAUAACUACUGCUAGACUGAACAGAAUUUCUAUUAAACUUGUACAGUAGUUCAGUAAUCGAGACGAUCUAUUACUACUGAACAUUGAUCAGUAACUUAAUAAA